GUUGUCUUGCCUAAAUGCCUUCCACGUCGUCGUUUUCUUACAAAAAUCCAUUGUUCUUCUUCCUCUUUAUUCGUUAAGCGAUCUCUCAAGCUUCAACAAAAACUCUCCAUUUUCAAAAUAUACACAAAAAUUCACACAAAAUAUAUGUAUAGAUACACAUAUAUUAUAUAUAUGAAUAAAUAUAUUUGUAUGUAUAGAUAGUUUUUUUUUGUGGAAUUUGAAAGGAAGGAAGGAAGAAGGUGUUUUUUUGAAUUAUUAAGCGAAAAUGGCAUUGUUACGGAAAUUGUUCUAUAGGAAGCCACCUGAUGGACUGUUAGAGAUCUGCGAGAGAGUUUAUGUGUUUGAUUGCUGUUUCACCACUGAUGUUUGGGAGGAAGAAAAUUACAAAGGCUAUGCAGGAGGUGUGAUUAGUCAACUUCGGGAUCAUUACCCUGACGCGUCAAUAUUGGUUUUUAAUUUUCGUGAGGGUGUGUCGCAGAGCCUGAUGGCAAAUAUUCUGUCUGAGUAUGAUCUGACAAUAAUGGACUACCCUCGGCACUAUGAGGGUUGCCCCUUGCUUUCAAUGGAGGUGAUGCACCAUUUUCUAAGAUCCGGUGAAAGUUGGCUCUCACUUGGGCAACAAAAUGUGCUUUUAAUGCACUGUGAACGGGGUGGUUGGCCAGUUUUGGCAUUUAUGUUGGCUGCAUUAUUGAUAUACAGGAAACAUUACACUGGAGAACAGAAGACCUUAGACAUGAUUUAUAAGCAGGCUCCUCGUGAACUUUUGUACUUGCUGCAGCCACUGAAUCCAAUUCCUUCUCAGCUAAGAUACCUACAGUAUGUAGCCAGGAGGAAUGUGAACAUGCAGUGGCCUCCAUUGGAUAGAGCACUCACAUUGGAUUGCAUCAUUAUUAGGGCUAUACCUAAUUUUGAUGGCGAGGGUGGUUGCCGGCCAAUAUUUCGUAUCUAUGGACAGGACCCGUUUCUAGUUUCUGAUCGAUCGCCAAAAAUUUUGUUCUCAACUCCAAAGAGGAAUAAAGUUGUCCGGCAUUACAAGCAGGCCGAAUGUGAAUUGGUUAAGAUUGAUAUCAAUUGCCAUAUUCAAGGCGAUGUUGUGUUGGAAUGUAUUUGCUUGCACGAUGAUUUGGAGCGGGAACAGAUGAUGUUUAGGACCAUGUUUAACACAGCUUUUAUUAGGUCAAACAUUUUGAUUCUUAAUCGUGAUGAACUUGACACUUUAUGGGAUGCUAAAGAUCAAUUUCCAAAAGAUUUCAGAGCAGAGGUUCUUUUCUCAGAGAUGGACACUGCUGCUUCUGUUCUUCCUGUAGAUUUGUCCUGUUUUGAGGAGAAAGAUGGCCUACCAGUGGAGGCAUUUGCCAAAGUUCAGGAAAUCUUUAGCUCUGUGGAUUGGAUAAGUCCAAAGGCUGGUGCUGCUUGUAAUGUGCUCCAACAAAUAACCACGUCAGGUUUAAUUCAGGAAAAUUUGGAAUCCGUUCCUCCCCUGUCUACAGACACUAGCAUGCUCCUCGAUCAAGCAAAUUUGGAGACUCCUGGAGAGAGGAAGGGACCUGCACCAGUGGACAAUGAUGCAAAGGGCUCAUCACCAUUUACAUUGGAGCAGCAGUCUAUGUCAUCCAUAAAAUCAUCCUCCAAAGUACAACAAAGUGACCAACAGAAAGUUGAAGCUCAAUUUAUUGGGACCAAAAGUGAGAUGAAGGUGUCAAAACUGCAGCCGUCAAUUCCUCUUUCAAAACCUUCUCCUGCUGACCUUAGUACAGAACCUAGUGUGUCUUCUGUGUCAUCACAACAGUCCCUGUACGGUCUUCCAACGUCGGAACAUCCUCCACUUAUAAAGAAGUUGGAUCCUCAUGUACAAGAAUGUGAUAAGCUGAAUGACCUUCCUUCCCUACCUGAGACCAGGACUCCACCCUUCAAGACCAGCAUUCCAACUUCACCUUCAUCCUCAUCCAUACCUGGGAAGGAUCAGGGUAUUGGUAUUGGACUAGUUCUAUCUCCUACUCCAGUGACACCAGCACCGCUCACUCCUCCCAUGAAGGAUAAAUUAGUCACUGGAACUGUACCUUAUGCAUCUCCGGCUACUCCACCCAGAACCCAAGGUCCUCCAAUUGUAUCCUUGAAGGAUGAAAAACCUACUUCGUCUCAACCUGAUACAUAUCUGCUUCCUCUAGCAGCACAGAAGCCAGAUCAUAAAGGAGAACCUGCUUCACCUCCUCAUCUUACUGGGUUGUCUCUGUCUCCUUCCCCCUUGGCACCAUCACCACAGACUCCUCCCGUGAAGGAUAAACUAGUCACUGGAACUGUACCUUCUGCAUCUCAGGCUACUCCACCCAGAACACAAUGUUCUCCAAUUGUUUCCUUGAAGGAUGAUAGACCUACUAUGUCCCAAUCUGAUGCACCUCUGCUUCCUCUGACAGUGCAGCAGCCAGCUUAUGAAGGGGAAUCUACUUCACCUCCUCGGACAGCGCAGCAGCCAGGUGAUGAAGCUGCUGAAAAGGAACCUACUCGACCUCUUCAUCCUUCUAAAAGUUGUCCUCCAUCCCUAGCUCCUCCUAAUUCCUCUUCUCCAUCAGCUGCCAUUCCCUUUAUCAAACCUUUAGAACAACAGUUCGUCCAGAGUAGUAAUUUUUCACCGCCGCCACCGCCAUUGCCACCGUCACCGUCACAACAUCCAAUCCCUCUAUUGAACGAGAAUGUUGCUUCUGUUGGUGGAUCACCUCAGCCACCUGUUCCUCCCACUCCACCUUUGAAGGAACAUUCAGUUUUCAGAGGGGUGCCAUCACCUCCACCACCUCCGCCUCCACCUCCACCUCCUCGAGACUCAUGCCCAUUAUUUACACCCCCAGUAUUGAGCAAGAAUUCUGUCUGUACUAGUGAACCACUUGAACCAGUCCCAACUUCGAAGGGAAGUUCAGCUUUUAGAGAUAAGUCACCGCCACAACCACCACCUCCUCCUCCACCUCCAUGCCAGUUAACUACAACCCAAAUAUUGAACACAAAUUCUGCCUCUAUUUGUGAACCGCCUCGACCUCCACCUCCACCUCCACCUCCACCUACUCCACCUUUGAAGGAAAAAGUUGUUCCCCCAACCAGGGUGCCACCACCCCUGCCUCCACCUCCUCCUGUGCGAUCUAUGAAGGAGAACUCCUCGUUCAAUGGUGGACCCUCUCCACCUCCACCCCCUCCUUUGCCUGCUGCUCAAUCUUCUAAGCCUGCGAAUGUAUCUGCAAUGCCACCACCACCUCCUCCUCCUGUAUUGGGUUCUCGACAAAGUGUCCCUUCUGCUCCCCCUCCUCCAGUCCCUUCUCUUAAGCCUGAUCUAAAAGCAGGUGCUGGUAUGAUACAGUCAGCAUCCAAAGGUAGUAAUCUCCCUACUUCUCCAUCUCCACCCCCACCUUCUGCUCCUCCACCUGGCCUAAAGGGACGAGGACCAUUGUCUCGUACCAUGAAUUCAAGAAGUCAGUCAUCAAAGAAACUGAAGCCUUUGCAUUGGUUAAAAAUAUCUAGAGCAGUCUCAGGAAGCUUGUGGGCCGAGGCUCAAAAAUGUAGUGAUGCUCCCAAGGCACCAGAGAUUGAUAUAUCAGAGCUUGAAUCCCUCUUUUCAGCUGCAGUUCCAACUUCAGGACAAGGCAGUUCAGGAGGGAAAAGGAAUUCGGGGACCUCAAUGGGGCAGAAGCCGGAAAAAGUGCAACUGGUUGAUCAUAGACGAGCUUAUAAUUGUGAAAUCAUGCUUUCUAAGGUGAAAAUACCACUGCAUGAAAUGCUGAACUCGGUGCUUGCACUGGAAGAUUCUGCACUAGAUGUGGAUCAGGUGGAGAAUCUGAUUAAGUUUUGCCCAACUAAGGAGGAGAUGGAAACUCUGAAGGGUUAUAAAGGAGAGAAGGAGAAGUUGGGUCGAUGUGAACAGUUUAUGUUAGAGUUGAUGCAAGUACCACGAACAGAGUCCAAGCUGCGAGUUUUUUCGUUUAAGAUUCAGUUUGAAUCUCAGGUUUCUGAGCUAAGGAAGAGUCUGAAUAUUGUGAAUUCGGCAGCUGAUCAGAUUAAAGGUUCAUCAAAAUUGAAAAGGAUUAUGCAAACAAUUCUCUCUCUCGGAAAUGCUUUGAACCAGGGAACUGCUAGAGGUUCUGCUGUUGGAUUCAGGUUAGAUAGCCUCCUAAAACUAACAGAGACACGUGCACGGAACAAUAAGAUGACUCUCAUGCAUUAUCUUUGCAAGGUACUUGCUGACAAAUUGCCCGAACUGCUAGAUUUUUCUAAUGAUCUUUCUAGCUUGGAACCUUGCGCAAAGAUACAACUGAAAUUUCUUGCAGAGGAGAUGCAAGCUAUUAGCAAAGGACUGGAGAAAGUUGUACAAGAACUGUCUAUGUCUGAGAACGAUGGAGCUGUGUCUGAGAAUUUCCGUAAGGCUUUGAAGGAGUUUCUCUGUUAUGCUGAAGGUGAAGUGAGGUCCUUAGCUCAACUUUAUUCUGGUGUGGGUAGAAAUGUUGACACAUUGAUUCUAUACUUUGGAGAAGAUCCAGCUCGUUGCCCAUUUGAACAAGUAAUCACAACGUUACUAAACUUCCGAAGGAUGUUCAAUCAAGCCUUAGAGGAAAACCGGAAGCAGGUGGAGUUUGAGAGAAAGAAAGCAGAGAAGGAAGCAGUGGAGAAGCAGAAGAUGAGUCAUUCGGAGAAAACUUGACACCGUCUGACUUAAUGCACUCUUAUAUGAAAAGCAUGAGCAUGUCUUCAUUGAAAACAUGAAAACAACUUUUCUUUGUCAUGGCAAAGCUUCAUUGAGAUUGAAGAUUUCACGGGGAGCGAGAAAUCAGUUAUCUGAUGGAUAUAAAGAACGAUGUACAUUUCUCUGCAGAAAAACUGGAUAACGUUGGUUUAGGUUCAAUGCCACCCACAGAGUUCUUCUAUCCUUGUUUAUGAGAGAAUCUUAGAGUAUGCAGAUGGAAUUACUUUGGGGAGGUAGGCUUAUUGUACAUAUUUAUUUAUUAGGAAAAGAAUGUAGAAAUUCUUUGAGAAGAUUUUUUUAUUUUUUAUUUAAAAAAAAAAAUGAUAACAUAGAAAUUUGUUGUCCAUUUUGUUAAAUCUUUCAGUUAGUGUCAUUUUUUA